GGGAUGCGGCGCUUCCGAGUUCCGCCUGGAGAAUUCUGCGCCUGCGCACUAGAAGAACUCGACAGAGAGUGGCCCCAUAGGGGCGGAAAAAAACUUUAGGGAACUUUGGAGGGAAAAAAAUUUAAAUUGGGUUUAAAUGGGAUCAUGUCUUCCGGUAGAAGCUGAGCCCCGACUUCAGAUGUGGCCUGAUAACAUUGAUGACUGCAGUCUCCCCAGGCAAAUGGGACGGUCCCCGCUAAGCAACCCAGUUGAUUUGUUUCAUUCAGAACCCGUCGUGAAAAUCUGUGCUCCUAUGGUUAGGUAUUCAAAAUUAUCCUUCAGAACUUUAGUCAGGAAAUACGAUUGUGAUUUAUGCUACACGCCAAUGAUCAUAGCGGCUGAUUUUGUCAGAUCUUUGAAAGCGAGGCACAGUGAAUUUACAACAAAUCAAGGUGACCAUCCUUUGAUUGUUCAGUUUGCUGCUAAAGAAGCACAAGUUUUAGCAGACGCAGCUGGCCUUGUUAGUCCGUUUGCAGAUGGCGUAGAUUUAAACUGUGGUUGUCCGCAAAGAUGGGCCAUGGCAGAAGGCUAUGGUGCUUGCUUAAUAAACAAACCACAACUGAUACAAGAGAUGGUGAGAUCAGUAAGAAAUCAAGUAGAAAACCCCACAUUUUCAGUAUCUAUUAAGAUACGGAUCCAUGAAGAUCUCAAAAGAACUGUAGACCUCUGCCAAAAAGCAGAGUCAGCCGGCGUAUCCUGGAUCAGCGUACAUGGCAGAAGUGUAGAGGAAAGACACCAGCCGGUGCACUACGAUGCAAUUAAGACAAUUAAAGAUAGCAUCUCCAUACCGGUGGUAGCUAACGGUGACGUGAAAUCCCUGAAAGAUGUGGAGGCCAUUCAUCAAAGAACAGGAGCUGAUGGCGCCAUGACCUACCAGUGGAGCGUCGUGGCCGCCUUUCUCUACGGCGAAAUCGCUUUGUUGCUCCUGCUCUGCCUGCCGCUCGUCUCGCCCGUGAGAUGGAAUAAGAUUUUUAUGAUCUCUGUAUGGAAUAGAAUCGCAAGCUAUUGGAACAAGACAUUCCUUACUAUUAUAGUUAUAUUAAUUGUUUUAUUUCUUGAUGCAGUAAGAGAAGUGAGGAAAUACUCAACUGUUCAAUUAAAUGAAGACAACCCCCAUUCGACCCAUUCCGCAAUCGAUCACAUUCACAUGAAACUCUUUAGAUCACAACGAAAUCUUUAUAUAUCAGGAUUUUCCCUCUUUCUUUGGCUUGUAUUGAGACGUCUUGUUUCUCUUAUCACUAUAUUGGCAAAUGAGAUGGAAACGGAGAAUAUUCUGAAAAUAGAAGUAGCAAACAGCAAUGAAGUUGCCCGGAAAUGCUUAGAAGAAAACGAAAAAUUGCAAAUGUCAUUGAAAGAAAUGAAACAUUCUACCGGUGAACAUUUGUGUUUGGUAACAAAUGAGAAGCUAACUGUAGAAGUGGAACAGUUAAAAACAGCAUUAAAGGCAACUUCAGAAGCUCUCUUGAAAACAAGAAAUGAAAUUAUUACUGCUAGGAAGCACUCUGAAGAACUUAAAAAAGAAUAUGACCUCCUUGUAAAAGAACAUGAAAAACUACAGCAACAAACAGGAGCUUCCAGUAAGAAAGAUCUCUAAAGCAGAACAAGAACAUGCACAGCAACCUGAAUUGUUUAUUUGUUUGGUUUUUACUUUACAGAUAUAUAUGGAAAAGCUUUUGGGUUUUUUGUUUUUUUUAAAUAGAUUUACUGCAUUCAUUGCUGAAAUAUCACAAUUUAACAAUUACCUAGACCUUUUUAAUUUUGCAGCAAUGUUUUUGCCAAAUCUACGUUAGUCAUGCCAAAAAGUGCAGUGAUUCCUUGUUACAAACUCUGUUUGGUUACAAAAUACUGAUGAGUUCAUACAGUGGAUUACUGUUCAAACACCACGUCUGUAUCUCGUUGGGUGCAAGGAAUUAUUCAUAAGUUUACGCCAUUAAGUGGUACAUUCAAUGCCAAUAUGUGUUGUUUUUUUAAUCCGACAAGGAUGAUAUAAAUCAUUUUAAGGAAUUCUUACUUGCCACUCUGAGAUUUUUUUUUAAAAAAAGGAAGUUUAGAUACAAAGUAUUGUUCUGAUGUGGAAAUUGCUUUAUACAUUACUUCAAGCAUAAAAUUAAGAUGAAUUAAAUCCACUUUGCUAGAAAUGAUCAGGAACGUCAUCAAAUUUGGUCAAUAUAAGAAUUAGCAUAGAGAUGUUAUCUAACCAUACGGGUGAAAGUAGACAAUCGGUAGAAAUAAUGAGAUUGGUUCAAAGCAGCCUUUCUGAGCCAGAUGUUUUGAGACUACUACUCUUAAAAUUACCAUCUGAUUUCCUCAUUUGGGGAAUUCCUGCCCAACCACAUCUGGUAGAUGUCAUACCGGAGAAGGAUUGUGUACUUUAUUUUUAUAUAUUGAAGGAGAUCUAUAAAUUUAGUUCCAGUCUGUAAUUUUUUCACUUAACAUGUUCAAGAGUUUGCAUAGAUAUUUGUCAGGAUCUCAUGUUCCACUUUUGGGGGGGAAAUUAAGCAGUGUUUACUAAGCUGCCUUUUCUGUGAUUAAUUGCACUGUACUUAUCCUGGGUUGGAUUCCAACAUGUUUCUCCAGAGGAUACAACAGAGGUUUUAGGUGAAAAGAAGGGCUCUUCUGAUGCUACUCCAGAAGAUCUCUUAACCGUCCUGAGCAACUUUACAAAGAGAAUUUGCAAUUGAUGAAAAUUGUUUUACCACUUGCUUCCACUUUCACAGGGAAACGCUGCUGAAUUCAAACCUGAAGGCAGCUUACUGCUUUCAUUAUUCCCAUUUCAAUGGGUUGCCUUUUCCACAUUUGUGUCACUAUUUUACUUGAAUGUUUGUUUCUUAAUAAAGAGAUGUUUAAGCUUU